GACCACCGCCCACGAGCUUCGGGCAUGCGUAAAUCGCCUCGGGAAAGGUCCGUGAGAAGUCGUCGGAAACCGCCGGUUCGAAUUCAGAUUCGACGGAGAGAGACUCCUCCCGCCGGCGGAAACGGCGGAAACCAGUGCACCCGGCGGAACAAAAAUGCAACAGCAGCUGGCGGCUCAGGUGGCGUCGCCGCCGCCCAACCCGGCCCCGGCCCCGCCGCCGGCGAGCGAAUCCCGGUCCGAGGCGCCGCCGAAGCAGGUGGCCCUGGCGAUGGAUCGGCUGUCGCAGGCGGCGCGCCUCAUCGCCGACGUGAGGCUCGGCGCCGACCGCAUCCUGGAAGCGCUCUUCGUGGCGGCGCAGCCGCACCAGAGCACCAAGCCUCUCCAGUCCUUCAACAAGGAGGACGCUUCCAUGCGUCAGCACCUCCAGGAUCUUCGCGCCAUCGGGAAGCUGUUGGAAGAGUCGGGGGUUUUAAACGAGUCUCUUCGAUCGAGGAGUAAUUCGUGGGGUCUGCACAUGCCCUUGGUUUGCCCGGACGGUGCCGUCGUCGCGUAUGCUUGGAAGCGGCAGUUAGCCGGACAAGCUGGUGCAUCUGCUGUUGACAGGACCAGGUUAGCUCUCAAGGCUUUCACUGAUCAGAAGCGACGAUUUUUCCCUCAUCUUGACGAUGGUCUUGAUAGCCAAAGUCUCGAAUCAGAACCCAAAAGGCAUUGUGGUUCUCGAGUAUCAACAGCAAGUCAGGAGGACGACCCUAAUAAUUACAAGACACUAUCUGAUGUUCUUAUUUAUAUGGAGAAAGAGAUGCCAAAUGUCAAAGUUUUCACACAUGGUCGAUUGGAUUGGCUGAAAAGAGCUUCUUCCCUGCCAUCUUCUGCAAAUGAGAAUCUUAUAGAAGCAUCGAAAGAACACAAUUUUCACAGUUUAAAUAGGCUAAGGCCGUCUCCUGUAGGAACUGUAAGUGUUAAUACUGACAAAGUUGCCGUGAUUGAGUUGCUGGUUACUUCAGUCUUCAGAGCUAUAAUAUCAUUGCAUCCUGCUGGUUCUGUUGACCCAGAUGCAGUGGCCUUCUUUUCUCCAGACGAGGGAGGUAGCUAUGUUCAUGCUCGAGGUCAUUCAGUUCAUCAUGUUUUUAGGCAUAUCACGGAUCAUGCUGCCAUGGCCCUACAAUAUUUUGUUGGAGUCAAAGCAGAAACUGCUCUAUUUUCUCUUUUGCAUUGGAUCUGCAGCUAUCAAACUUUAUUCACAAAAGUUUGCAGCAAGUGCGGACGUUUGGUGUCCAUGGAUAGACAAUCGGCUUUGUUGUUACCUCCUGUUCAUCGUACGUACAUGGACAUUUUAGUGUCUUCAGUGAAGGACCAGAGUACCAAUCUCUCUCGGGCUUAUCACCUCGGUUGCUAUUCUGAACAAACACAGUGAAAUCGUUGGAUCUAAGGCUAAGCUGUGCCCAUGGCUCAAGAGGGGGAUCAAAAUCCAAUGGCUUUCAUUUUAUUUUCCGGAAAUCCUAGGUGCAUGUUUACCUAAUGAGGACCAACAUGGAGAAAAAUGUACAGCAGAGUUCUCUGAUCCGUCUUUGUUUCCAGAUUAAUAGAGAUAAAGUGGCUUUGUUGUA